ACACUAGACAAGCCAUCAUUUCCUCUACAACUAUUACUAUACAAACCAUCUUCUCAUAACAUCCCCUACUAUUACCAGCACCAAAAGAAGCUCCUACUGAGUACUGUUCAAACCCUAUUCUCCAAAGUUCUAACAAACUUUUGCUUUUAACUCCAUAUUCGCUAUGCCUUCGAGAGUCUCCGAUGCCUUUAGAACCCACACUGUUCACUCUCCUUAUAAACAUCUAGACUUCAAUUCACUAGAAGAAUUGCCCGAGUCCCAUGCAUGGACAUCACUCGAGAAGUAUUCUUUGAGUGACUCUGUUGAGACAAUAACGGGUACUAAGGAGUCAGUACCCGUUAUUGAUCUCAAUGAUCCAAAUGCAAUGGAACUCGUGGGCCAUGCAUGCAGGACUUGGGGUGUGUUCCAAGUCACGAACCAUGGUAUCAACACGAGCGUUCUCAAUCGCGUUGAAUCCGCAGGGAAGAGCCUUUUCUCUCUCCCUAUCCAGCAAAAGCUCAAAGCCGCUCGAUCGCCAGAGGGUGUUUCCGGUUACGGUGUUGCUCGGAUUUCUCCCUUCUUUCCCAAACUCAUGUGGUCUGAAGGGUUCACAAUUUUCGGAUCACCACUAGAACAUGCUUGCCAACUUUGGCCCCAAGAUUACAGCAAUUUCUGUGAUGUGAUUGAAGAAUAUGAGAAAGAAAUGAAGAUCCUAGCAAGGAGGUUAAUGUGGCUAAUGCUUGGAUCAUUGGACAUAUCCAAAGAAGAUGUCAAAUGGGCCGGCCCAAAAGGAGAUUUCAAAGGGGCUAAUGCAGCCGUACAGCUGAAUUCUUACCCGGCAUGUCCGGAGCCAGACCGGGCCAUGGGUCUAGCUGCCCAUACCGACUCAACCCUGCUCACCAUUCUCUACCAAAACAACACAAGUGGUUUAGAGGUCCACCGAGACGGAUAUGGGUGGGUCACGGUUCCACCCAUACCUGAUACUCUAGUGGUCAACAUAGGGGACCUCCUUCACAUACUAUCAAACGGGUUGUACCCGAGUGUGCUCCACCGGGCUAUGGUGAACCGGACCCGACACCGCCUCUCGGUUGCCUACCUCUAUGGCCCACCACCCAAUGUUCAAAUCUCACCACUCUCAAAACUGGUAGACCUGACCCACCCGCCUCUCUACCGACCCGUGACUUGGACCGAGUACCUCGGCACCAAAGCAAAGUAUUUUGACAAAGCACUUUCAUCGGUUCGGCUCUGUGUGCCUUUAAUCGGUUUGGUUGAUGUUAAUGAUCACAAUGGUGUGGAAGUUGGGUGGACAUGAUUAGGUUAUGUUUGUGUUUGUGUUUUUGUUUGAGUAAUGUUAUACAAUUAUCAUUUUUGUACAUAAA